AUGUAUUACAUGCCAAUCACACCUAGACUACAGAGGUUGUACGUAUCUAAUGCUACAGCUAAGGAUAUGACUUGGCAUGCCAAUUAUGGGAAUGAUGAUGAUUUAAUGCAUCAUCCAUCUAAUUCGCAUGCAUGGAAAGCUUUUGAUAACAAUUGGCCUCAUUUCAGUGCUGAGAAACGUAAUGUCUGUCUAGGACUGUGUACCGAUGGUUUUCAAUCCUUUGGACAAUCUGGUCAGCAAUAUUCAUCAUGGCCUGUCAUAUUGACGCCGUACAACUUACCCCCAUGGUUAUGCAUGAAAGGACGGACCACUUGUCCUUAUUGCAUGGAAGAUAGUGAUACGUUCACAUUGACAAGAGGAGGUAAGCAAUCAUGGUUUGAUAAUCAUCGCAAAUUUUUACCUCCUAGCCAUUAUUUUAGAAGAAACAAAACAGCUUUUAGGAAGAAUGUAUCUAUUACUAAGAAAGCUAAACAACUAAUUUCUGGUGAAGAAAUACUGAAACAGAUUGAUGAAUGGGGAUUUAAGAGGGUUAUAGAUGAAGAUGCAUUUGAAAUAAAUUUCUAUCUAUCAAAGCAAUGCGGUUGGCGAAAAAGAAGUAUCUUGUGGGAUUUACUGUAUUGGAAAAGUAAUUUGAUUCGGCACAAUCUUGAUGUAAUGCAUAUUGAGAAAAAUUUCUUUGAAAAUAUAAUCAACACUAUAAUGAGUAUUGAGGGAAAGACAAAGGAUAAUGCUAAGUCAAGGGCAGACCUAAAUGUGAUCUGUGUUCGGCCAGAGUUGGAAAUUGAUCAAGUCACUGGGAGAUAUCCCAAAGCUUGUUAUACUCUAGAUAAGCAAAGUAAGCAAGUUUUAUGUGAUUGGCUAAAAAAUCUCAAGUUUCUCGAUGUAUAUGUUUCCAAUAUGGGGCGAUGUAUUGAUAUGAAUAAGCUGAAGAAGUUUGGUAUGAAGAGUCAUGAUUGUAAUGUCUUCAUGCAGCGGAUUAUGCCAAUUGCAUUUCGUGAGUUGCUUCCUUCGAAUGUUUGGCAGCCCUUAACAGAGUUGAGUAAUUUUUUUAAGGAAUUAACAUCUACCGCUAUAAGUGAGAGUGACAUGUUGCGGUUGCAUGGUGAAAUUCCUUUCAUCAUAUGUAAGCUUGAGCGUGUUUUCCCUCCAAGCUUCUUUGAUUGUAUGGAACACCUCCCCAUCCAUCUAGCAUAUGAAGCAUGGCUGGCAGGUCCAGUGCAAUAUCGAUGGAUGUAUCCUUUUGAACGAUAUCUGCAACGGCUUAAGAAUAAUGUCAGAAAUAAAGCUAGAGUCGAGGGAUCAAUAUGUAAUGCGUACCUAGUAGAAGAAGCAACUUCAUUUUGUGCACAUUACUUUGAGCCGUAUGUCCAAACUAGACAUCAAAAAGUGCCAAGAAAUGUUGACAUUUCAGAAAGUACUGAAAAUUAUGAAGGCAAUCUAUCAAUUUUCAUACAGUCUGGUCGACCAAUAGGAAAAGGGACAACCCGAUAUCUUAUGGAGGAUGAGUAUAAAGCAGCACACAUCAUUUACAUUGAUCAAGUACGCUCAAAUGAUUCGUUAGUUAAUGAUUCUCAGAUUGACAUCAAAUUGGAAAGUAAAUUCUCUAUAUGGUUCAACAAUUUUGCUCAUGAUUCGUGCAGUAAUAUAUCCAACAAGUUUAUCAUAUCGCUUGCAAAGAGUCCAUUAUGA